GACUGUCGGAGUGGCAAGCCAACCUGUUUGCAUAGAUUGGUAUACAUAACAUUGUAGAGGUAGUGCAAUCAAACAGCUACCGAACCUGAGAAAUUGUUAUUGAUAUUUUGUGAUUUGAUCAGGGGGAAAAGUUCAUCUGAGAUUUUCAUUGUUGGUUUUUCGUCUGGUUCUUGAAAAUCUCUUGAAUUUCAACACUGCACUGAGCUCAACACAACAUGCAGAAGGCCAAAAAAUACGACUGGCAAGACUCAAAUCUUGCCCUUUUUGGGUCAGAUACAGAAAAGGAGGUGAAGAAGGCGGCAGCAGAAUCGGAACCAGCGUGGAAGGGAUGCGGUCAGAAAACAGGUGUUCAGAUCUGGAGGAUCGUCAAGUUUAAGGUGGAGAACUGGAACAAGGAAGAAUAUGGCAGCUUCUUUGAAGGCGACUCUUACAUCCUCCUCAACACCUACCAAGAAAAAGACAGCGAGGAGUUAAAUUAUGAUUUACAUUUCUGGAUUGGCAUGCAUUCCACACAGGAUGAGUAUGGAACAGCGGCAUACAAAACGGUUGAGUUGGACACAUACUUGGACGACAAACCGGUACAGCACAGAGAAGUACAGGGUAAUGAAUCUGACCUCUUCAAGAGUUACUUCAAGAGCGUUGUGUAUAUGUCUGGUGGUGCUGACUCAGGGUUCAGGCAUGUGAAGCCGGAGGAGUACACCCCAAGACUCUUCCACUGCCACGCGGAGGGCAAGGGAAGGAAGGCACGUCUCGAAAUCAAUGAGAUGAAAAAAAUGAGCCGGAGUAGCUUGAAGUCUGACGAUGUCUAUAUCUUGGAUGCUGGAACAAAGAUGUUCAUGUGGUCUGGUAGCGGUAGUAGACAUGACGAAAAGUUCAAGUCUGCUCAAGAGUUUCAGACUAUGACGGCAAAGAGGCCACGUGCCUCCAAAGAGAGCCUGGAUGAGAAUGAAAUCUCACCUGACCAUGAAUUCUGGGAAUACUUCACCGACGAUGAUGUCGAUGGUGAAGCUGAUGACGAUGAUGAGCAGGAGGAUGAUAGCAACACAUUUGAAAGGGUUCUCUACAGGCUUUCCAAUUCAUCUGGGGCUUUGGAUUUCACAGAAGUCUCAAAGGCAAGCAGUAUCUGCAAAUCAGAUCUGGACUCAAGUGAUGUGUUUAUCUUAGAUACCGGCAAAGCCUGCUAUGUAUGGGCUGGCAAAGAUGCAGACCCUGAGGAGAAGAAUAAUGGCAUCCCCUAUGCCACGGAAUACCUGAAGAAGACCAACCACAUGAGGGCACAAAUUACCAGUCUGAAGGAGGGACAAAAAUGCAAACAAUUUUCAGAAAUCAUCGGUUAUUAAGUCAUCCGCAUCUUGUCCUCCGUGGCAUUGUGGAAAGAUCAAAGACAUGUUGACCCUUGACCCGAAGGGUGAACCCAAGCACAUGGUAAACCUGAGAUGAAUGACAACUGAACACAAAGUACAUCACAUGCCUUAAUGUCAUUACUAAGAUUGAAGUCAUAUUUCCUAACGAGCGAAGGCUGUCGCAUAAAAAAAGGCAGAAAAAAUGUGACAGCAAAAAUAAGAUGUUAUUGUCUGUGAUAAGUUAUUCUUUAAUAGUAAUUAGUCAUAAAAUUAUCAUCUUUAUAAUCUGUCCCUCUUUGACUACCAUGCUACCGAGAUGUGUGUUGUAUAAAAUUUAAUCCAUAUUUAAUGAGUAAAGAAAAAUAGUCCUGAUAUUCAGUAAGUAAGAAGACAUAUCGUACAAACAAAAUUCCAAAUCAGUAUUUUCCUUUUAAGGUGGUGGCUACCAUUCAGUCAUUUUUUUGUGGGGCAUGUUCAAAUUCAGAUUCUGUAUGAUGUAUCAUUAUACUAAUACUAAUUAAGUAUGACUAGAAAAAAUGUUCACCUAUACAUGUACCUGUGAUACUAUUUGAAAACUUUGAUGAUGCAAACUUAUGACAUCAUGUACAAAUUUUGCUAUUGUAUCCAUAAGACCAAACUCUUUGCUUUAUGCUCAUAUUUUCUUGAUAUUUCUAAGGAAUGUAUGGACUUGGUUUCUAUAUUGAUUUAUAGGUUUAAUUUUCAUUAUUUGUCUUUUUUCCAGUGAUCUUUGAAACUAUGUAGAUAGUUGUUCCUAUUAUUUUUCUCUAUAGAAUUUUAAGUUUUGAUGAGUGUUGAUCUUUCUAAUUUUGUAUGUAAAUAGUUAUAUAUCUGCAUGAAUUUUUAUCAACCACAUUGCCCAGUUCUAUUUCGCUCGUUAAAUUGUUGGAAAUUAAUGGAACUAAAUCUUGUACUGUAUUUCACUCUUAAAUAGUGGGGAAAAAUCAGUGUGUAUCCAAAUUGUUUUAAAAGCAGGAAUUGCCACCCUCAUUUAUGUGCGUGAUUAUGGAAAAACUUUUAAAGACUUGCAAUACUGCCAAAAUUAGCAAGUACAGUACAUGGUCUUUCAAUUCAAAAUGAAAUUUGACCCCCAGAUGACUGAAUAACUAAUACAUUAAUGCCUGGAUGUCUUGAGGUUAUGAUACACAAAUCAAACUAUUUUGUCUCUUAUUAAUGGGCUGACACUGCUAUAUCGACUAACAAUAAUAACAUGUUAUAGACCAAGAUUAUAAUGUACUGCUCUCUAGAACAAAAGAUUUUUUUAAUUGUUUAAUGAGUUAGAUGUAUAAAUAUAACAUCAAGUUUUAUAUAAAUAUGCUAGAGCUGUGUAUAGUGUAUGUGAGGUUUCUUAAAAGGGAAAAGGGUAAUUUAUGUUAAGUGUCAUGCUCUGGCGUUUUAUUUCAUCAUUCCAUAGUGAAAUUACCAACACAGCUAUAUAAUUCCACUAAAUGCAAUUUGAAGAUAUACCAUUCCUUUACAUGAAAUGUUCCAAAUCUGCUUUUGGGUAUGAAUAUGCAUUAAAGCAUAAAUAUGAAUAUAUAUGUAAAGUAUCUGCACACAACUUAUGGUAAUUUACGGAGGAUAUCAUUGGUUUUGUACUUGCUUAAAUACUUCUAUGCUUUCUGACAAAAUAUAUUUGUCUUUCAGUCAUUAAAAAAGUUUGUUCGUCUAAAAGGAGACUUAUUUCUAAAAACAUUAAUGUGCAUAUCCAGUUAUUGUGGCAAUUGUGGAAAUAUUUAUAAGAAGAGAUCAUUUGUAAUAAUUAAUAUAUGACAUUUGUGAGAUUAAAGACAUAUUAUGCUGUGUGAAUAACUAAUAUAGUCCAGUUUUCAAGUAUUACAUAAAGUUCAGAUUUGGGAUGGGUAUGUUUAGUGAUUAUGAGGUGCCAGUUGUCGGCCUCUCCAGCCUGUAAAAAUUGCUAUUGUUAUGUUUCACAGUGAAUAAACAAAAAUGAAAUUAUCUUUUCAUUUUCAUUCACAGCAUCAUUCACUUUGCAUAUUAAAUUUGUUACCGAAAACCAGUAAAUUUUAUUAUGUGAAAAGGGUGACACUUCAAGCACCAUGAAUAAGUCGAACCAGGUUUAAUUGCCUUUAUAAAUGUAGGCCGUCAUUUUUUAUGUCUUAGUCUUUUUAUAAAGGGAUGACAAAUGUGUACUGAUAAAACAAAGGCCAACCAGGGGAGACAAGAAAACUGGCCUGUAGACAGCUGGCCUUUCUAGACAGAUUUAUACAAAAUAUAUGUUUGUUUUGAGAGGGAGACGAUAGAGGUGAUCACUAUAGACAGGUGGCCUUUAUAGGGAGGUGGCCUCUAAAACAUGUUUUAUAUUCAACACUUAUAUGGGAUUCUUGUGUAUAGUUCUAACCAACAUGGUCGCCAGUAGAGCACUGCCUAUGUAAGGUAAAACAAAGUAUGAUUCAUCCUGCAUCACUAGUAAAAUAGCUUGUCAGUUUGGGUAGACUUUCCAGAGCUGCAUGCCUGACAUAGUAACGCAUAUCUUCUGUGCUCGAGUAUGGAGAUCAUGAUGUUUCAUAGGUGUUUGGUAAUUAAUGUUGAGAUAUUAAAGUGGCAAAGAUCCACAUUCACCAUACCUGAAUACUGUUAAAAGAAUGAUAUAUUACAAGAAAUGAAAGCUGCAAAGAGUAACUCCUAAUGUCACCCUUGAGAAAUGAACUUUCAAAAUCUUCUGCGAGUCUGCUUAACCUAGAGAAAUUAAAUACCACUUAUUUCUUUUUACACACUCUCCCGGUUUUGCUAGCUUUUGUCAGGUAUAUUAACAAAAGUUUGCUGUAAGUUUUUUUUUUUUAGAUAAUGAAAAGAACUCUUUGUGUUAUAAGUACAGAAUGAAGACAAUAUAAUCCCACAUGUUAAUAUCGAAACUUUAAUUGUAAUCAUCUGCAACAUCAAAAUUUCAUAUUCAUUUACAUGUGUAUGUUAUCAAUAUUGUCCUGCAAUUUCAUCAAAAGCAGCAUGGGGAAGUAAUCUUCAAGUAUGUGGGACUGUAAUAUACAUUGCGGCUAAUGCCAUUCAUACUGUUAAUCAUAUUAACUUUACAUUGGCAAUAAAAAAUGAAUAAUAAAACAAAGUGACUUACAAUUGAA